AAUCACUGCUGUUCUUCUUCCUCCUCCCUCAGACCGCCCUAAUUUCGUAGUAACUUUAGAUCCAGCAAUGGCGUCGGAGAAAAAUAAUCCUACUCGAUCUCCAAUGUACCCUCAGGUCAUCGACCCAAAUUACGAAACUACCCUCCCCCCAUCUUCAUCAUCGCCAUCCUCUCGCCCCAAUCUGUACCCUACCAUUGACAUGAAAGACCUCGUCGAGAACCUCUUUCCGGACGUUAAUGACGAAACUCCCCCCGCAAACAUUUCUAGUGCCCCCUCUGCCCCUCCCGAAUCCAUGGAGGAAACUCUCCUCACUGUCCCCGGCGCCAUCCUCCACUUGAUCGACAAGCAAUACUCCGUCGAGCUCGCCACUGGGGAUUUAGUCAUCCUCCGUCUCCGGCAAGGAGACAACACCGUUGCCGUUCUAGCCCGGGUGGCUGACGAGAUCCAGUGGCCUCUGACCAAGGACCUGGCCGCCGUCAAACUCGAUCCUUCUCGUUAUUUCUUCUCCUUCCGCGCCCCGAUAGAGGGCGAAGGUUCGGACUCCAGCAGCGACGAUGAAAUUGAUGACAAAAGGCAAAAGCAGAAGCAAAAGAAAAAGAAAAAGAAAAAGAAAAAUAGAAAAGAAUCGGAAAAUAUUGAGUCGUUAGACGUGUUAAAUUACGGAUUGACGAUAGCUUCGAAGGGCCAGGAGGAUUUGUUGAAACAAUUAGAUGGAAUUUUAGAGAUUUCGAGCAGUUUUUCAGUACAACAAGUCGAAGAAAAGGUGGUGGCGCAGUUGGGUGGCGCGGUGGCCAGGGAGGUGUCGCCAGCUGACUUGGUGUCGGAGAAGAAGAAGGAGGUAUUGGAAGAGCGGUGCGCAGCGUAUUGGACCACGCUGGCGCCUAAUGUAGAAGAGUACAGUGGGACUGCAGCCAAGUUGAUAGCAGCUGGAUCAGGCCAGUUAGUUAUGGGGAUAUUGUGGUGUGGAGACGUUACCGUGGAUAGGUUGAAAUGGGGAAAUGAGGUUUUAAAGACGAGAAUGACCACAGGGUCCAAGGCUGAGGUUAGUCCCGAUACCUUAAGAAGGAUAAAAAGGGUUAAGAGAGUGACAAAGAUGACUGAGAAGGUAGCGCUAGGGGUCCUUUCAGGUGUUGUGAAGGUUUCAGGUUUCUUUACCAGUUCAGUUGCCAACUCCAAGGCUGGAAAGAAGUUCUUUGGCCUCUUACCGGGGGAAAUGGUCCUUGCCUCUCUGGAUGGAUUCAGUAAAAUUUGUGAUGCUGUCGAGGUAGCAGGAAAGAAUGUAAUGUCAACGUCAUCGACCGUGACGACUGGACUUGUCUCCCAUAGAUAUGGGGAAGAAGCAGCUAAGGCAGCAAGUGAAGGGCUCGAUGCUGCAGGGCAUGCCGUAGGAACUGCAUGGGCUGUGUUUAAGAUCAGAAAGGCUCUAAAUCCAAAAGGUGUUCUAAGCCCCCGUUCCUUGGCUAAGUCUGCUGCUAAAUCUGUUGCUGCUGAGAAAAAAGCUAAGAGUUCCAAGAGAUCUGAGGCCUGGGUCUAUUGUUGUAACUUUCUCUUCUAGGUGAAAUUCAUUUCAGGUAAUUUUUCCCCCUUGUUAUUCGUCUAACAGGAUCAUUGUGGAACAGGGGUCUGAUUCAAGUAAGAAGCCCAAAAUAUCAGCUUGAAAGCAACUCAAUGUUUAAGCCCUAGUAAAGUUUUUUCAUUUUUUCUACCUUAACUCAAUGAUCCUGCUUCAGUUUCUUUUUAAUAGGUAAACUAUCCUACUCGAGCUACUAAGAGAAGCUUCUUAUAUUUGAAGCUCACUUUGAAAGGAAAAGGCCCCUUAAAAAAAUGACGGUAAUGGUUCAAGGCAUUAAGUGGAUUCCUAUUGAGCCAGCACUCUUUUGGAAAUCAUUCAGCAAUAGGUGAUAGGAAGAUAAGAUUACUUUAAAUUUCUUGAAACGAAAUGAAAAAAUGCAUAUUGUGCUGGAGUGCAAUCACAUUUGGUAAAUGUAGCAAAUAAAAGGUCACAAUCUUACUGUUUAUACAAUUGUUUAAUCGAUAACUCGCUAAAGGAUGAUCUUCAUAAAGACCUAUGUUUGGCAAUAACUUAUCGGGAAGGGGGAUGUGUAAUUUAUAAUUUUCAUUUCAUAAUCUUCCAGGGGUGAUGGUUAUAAGUCAAUGGCUAGCUGAAAUCAACAUUUUUCUUAAGCUUCUGUGCAUAAUGAUAUCAGGAUAAUCUUUCUGUUUAGUUUCAUGCUUUCCUUUCUUCAUUAGUUCAACUGAAAUAUCAAGAUCAGCUAUUGCAACAACAGUGACAUUGAGUCUUUGGCUGAAAUUCAGCUGUGAUUAUCUGUUUCAGGGUCUCGGUGGCAUUCUGAAAUUUGCACUUCAUUUUUUUCUGUGGAAGAUUAGGUUUGGAUCAAGAUUACAUUUUGUGAUGUUUUAGUUGUAUUGAGAGUAGCUUCUAAGUUUCCUAGUGAUUGAAUUGGUGGUUAUGAUUAGUGCCUUUAUGGUAAACUAUGAUUUUUUGCUUCUUCUCUUUUGCAUUGGAGUUGAAAUGAUAUCAGCUUUUGUAAGGAAGGUUGCUGUUAUCUGCACUGCUAUCUUCACUCUGUGCUUGUUGACGUGAUCACAAAUUAUAUACAAAAACACAUGGUUCAAAUUCUUCGGACAUUGUUUACAGUUCCAACUUUUUCUGCAGUGUCAUCUGCAAAAAUAUUGUUAUAAGGUUGGUAAACAUCUUUUCUUUAGAAAUCUUUAUAGUCAUAUGUGACGUGUACGAGUGUAUAAUAAUAUAUCACUAGCCUUUUCUUUAUUUUAGUCAUCUACAUCCCAAUUUGUUUAGAAUAUCAAAUGUUGCUAUCAGCAUAUACUGUAUCAUACCGUCUUGAGUGACCUCUCUCUAAUUUGUUGUUGUUUAUCAAACUAACUUUGUUGGCUUCCUUUUCUCCUUUUCAUGUAUCAAGUGUCAACUUCCUCACUUUCUGUGUUGGAUAUUCUCUAAAUGAGAAGUAUCAAGUAUCAACUUCCUCACUUUCUGUGUUGGAUAUUCUCUCUGUGAGGUUUUUCUUGAAUUGUUUGCUGGUAAAUGACUAUUUAGUUGCUAGAUAUGUUGUUACAGCUAGGCAGUUAAUAAGUUUCAGCUGCAAAUGGCAAAAGAUGAUGGUCUUGUGUUGUUGCAAAAUCCUUCGUGAUCUUUCAGUCCAGAAUCAAUAAUUGGUUUUUUUUGCUGCUCCUGGUGAUAACCACGGACGACAACUUUUGAAAGAUGAGUCCUGAGGUCCUUUUUAGGACUACCUAAAUCUCAGCUGGGAAUGCUUGGAUGGCUCUCAUUUAACCAUGAGCAGAGGAUAAGUGGUACAUACUAAAAUAUAGGGAUUACUGAACUCAAAGACUCUUUUCACUCCUUUAGUCCUUUUCGCUUUGUAGUGUGUAGUACCACUAACAGAAAAGAUCGGAUAAGUAAUAUUUUGUAAUAUGCUUGCGUCUGUAGCCAUAUUUAUUUUAUACCAUGUCUUUUUAGUGGUCUCAACAUUAUAGACUCCCCACAUAUCCAAUCAAAUCCUCUUUUGAGGACUUCUAAUACCAAA